AUGUCAUUGGCGGUGGAGAUUGAACAUAAAAAGCAAAACAUAAAAAAUACCCCUUUGCACCGCCAUUUGAGAAACAAAGAAACAACAGGCAAACCCAUCCAAUCCAGGAGACCCGUGCUUCUCUAUCGUCUUUCCCACAUUUGCCCACAGUUCUCUGGCAAAAUUCUUCAGAACAUUAUCACUCAAGGUGGAGGCAGGCCAUCGCUUGUCAAUACCAGCACCAAAGAGGGAGGAGGCUGUGAAGCCUGGGUUUUGGGUCAUUUGGGACUUGGUGUCUUCUGCGCCUAA